UUAAGUUCUGAAUUUCGUUGCGAAAGGGUGUUGUUUCCUUAACAAAAUAAAAUUAAUAUAUUAAAGUACUAAGUAAUAACGUUCUUCUUUAAGGAUUUAUACUCUUAUAAACUAGUCUUAACAAUCAAGAUUAAAAUAACAAAAGAAGCAACAAUGGCUGCACCAUCAUUGAAAGAUUUACCAAAAGUCGCUGUCGAUUUGAAAUCGCAACUUGAAUCCUUUUCGCCAAAUUCACUUAAAAAUGCCAGUACUGAAGAAAAAAUUUUGUUGCCAACAGCUGAAGACGUAAAAAUGGAGAAAACUCAACAACUCGUUGCGGGAAUUGAAGGCUUUGACUCAACAAAGUUGAGACAUACAGAAACCAAUGAAAAGAAUCCUUUGCCAAAUGUUGAUGCUGUUGCAGCUGAGAAAGCGCACAAUAGCUUAAUAAAUGGCGUUGAACAGUUUGAUAAAUCAGGAUUAAAGCAUGCAGAAACUGAAGAGAAGAAUCCUCUUCCACCUAUGGAAGCUAUUCAACAAGAAAAGUCCCAAGUUGAAUUAAUAACUGGGAUUGAAGGCUUCCAACGUACUUCAUUGAAGCACGCUGAAACCCAAGAAAAGAAUCCAUUGCCAACGAAGGAAACAAUCGAUCAAGAGAAGGCUGCUUAAACUUCAUUAAAUUUACUUCUAAUCCUCCAUACGUUUCACAUUUUUCCACCAUUUUUAUGAGAUAUUCGUUUAAUCAUCAGCAUUAAUUAAUAUAUUUAAUCCCCUCAGUACAUGCAUUUAAGAAAGAGAGAAAAGUUUUCAUUAAAACAGUUUUCAAUCAUUAAACAUAAUUUGGACUCGAUUGAUUCCUAACUUAUUAAGUAAAUUCAUCAUCAAACAACUAACAAGAUGUAACAAAAUGCAUUUUUAAUUUGAUUCAUUUAUGUUUUAUUAUCAUUUAAGAUUGGCAGUUUAAUUUAUCCAUGCACUGGGAAGUUUCAAGAAAUGUCUAAUGAUAAUUCAACAACGAAAGUUUCAUUUUGAAAAAUCUUUUCACUUUAAUUCAGGGAUCGGAAACGGCUUCAAUUUUCAGUACAAAAACCGUUACGGAAUCCUAAAAAUUGUAUGGAAAGUUUGAACCGGUUCCGUUCCCUGCUUUCAUUCUGAAUUAUUUUGAUUUCUAACUGAGUAUGAUUGUUGAUUGAAUCAUGAAGAUGAAGGAAAUAUUUUUUUAUAAAUCUCCUCAUGAAAGUGCAGAGAGAUGAAAAACAAGAAAAAGCUUAAAAUUUGAAUUUAAUUCAGUUCCAGGUAAAAAUAAAGUUACGAAAGUUCGAAACGAAAAAAA